AGGCGGAGGUUCGACCAUAACUGGAAAUUGUAACGGAAUGAACAAUUGCAAUACUGAGAUUAUCCCCACUACUACUACAACUCCACCCGAUUGUGACGGCCCUGAAGUCACAAAUUUUGCUAACACACCAACGGAAACAGACACAACCACUUUGUAUUUGUCUGACGAAGAAGUAUCUUUUGAUGACGCCAAAGCUCAAUGUGAUGGUGCUGGCGACGGGUUCUUUCUAGCCACAUUGACCGAUCAAGAGGAAGCAGAUAGUGUUUUUGGCGUCACCGGAAUGAUGCAAGUCUGGGUGGGACUAAGGUCUGAUAUUAUGGUUAAUUGUGAAAACGAAGAAUGUAAUGGUCAAGUCACAUGGGAAGGUGGCAAAGGCGACUACAUGCACAGCGAUUUGGGAUACAAUAUUCAAUUUAAACGCAAUCGUCCUUCUUGCAUUCGAACAAAGCCGGGAAUACUGAUUGAUGUCCCAUGUUCAGCCACGCGCAAAUUUCUGUGUCAAAGGGAUAAACCGGAUGGUUGUCCUCUCAAAUAGAGAGCUAGCUCCCUUUGUUAUUGGUUAUGUUAAGAAUUCUUGGCAUUCAAUUGCUAAGGCAUCAACCACAUCUUCCCAAUUUCAUGUCUCAAUUUAAAUGUCCAAUUAAAAAAAAACUACAAUAUUGUUCACUAAGGUAUUAAUCAUGCAUCACAAGGGUGCGAAAAAAAGCAUUUAAUUCUGGGAUUGGGAUGAA